CCUUAAGCUACCACUAUGUGCACCGACAUUGAACAACUAAGCUCUGCUUCAACCUCAUUUCAGCGUAUAAGGCUCUGAAGCUGUUAAGUCGUACGUUUUCUACUUGUCUAUUUUUGUUUAGAGGCAAGGGAGUCAUGUCUUUUCCAAACAUCUGGAACCAUCGGAAGGUAGCCGACACCUCAGCCAAAGCAUGCGAGGUUUGCUUCAAACCUAGCACCAGUGUCCUUAUCACACAGGAGAGCAAGGAUUUCUUCUAUGUCUGCCCCAGCCAUCUAAAAGAUAGAGGGUUCUGUUCUCCUAUCAUCGACCAGGAGGCUGUUGCGGCCAAGAAGAAAAAAGAGAUGGAUGAAGAGCUUGAGCGUGCCAAAAAGGAGUAUGAGGAAAAACAGCGUAAAAAGAAAGAAAAGGAAUCAAAAUCGGCCAAGGACUCAGACAAGACCAAGGAUAACGACGAAAAGGAUACCAAAAAGGACGAUAAGAAAGAUGAUCCAAAGCCGGACUCCAAAGAUAAAACAGACGACAAGACACCGCCAAAACCAGAGGAAGAGGAGCCAAGAGUGUUCUCAUUACAAAGGACUUUCUAUCAGCAACGGCUAGACAAGAAACGCCAAAUUGAGAUGGCUAAAAGAAAUCGGGAACGCUUAAGCAAUCCCAAUUUCUUUCCUUCCGUCCCCAAGAAUCUACCUUGACAGGCGAAUAUCUCGGGUUCCAAUUGCCCCUCGUGCCAGUGCCCAGGCAGUUUGCUCCAAAGUUGAACCUCCCGCGAUACU